AUGGCUAAUCUUCCAAUGGAGCGAUUUGUUGAAACUCGAGCGUUCGAUAUAACUGGUGUGGACUUCUGCGGACCAUUCUACUACAAGCCUGUCAUCCGAAACAAAGCUCCUAUAAAAUGCUACAUCAGCGUAUUUAUUUGCUUCGCCACGAAAGCCAUUCAUUUGGAGUUGGUCAAGGAUCUAUCUACGUGUGCAUUUCUCAAUGCUCUUAAGCGCUUUAUAUGCACUCGUGGCAAGCCACGUCAGAAUUGGUCUGACAAUGCUACCAACUUUGUCGGCGCCAAAAACGAGUUGGUAGUGCUCAAAAAUCUCUUCCUCAGUUGCUGUCAUCAAGAGGCUGUGCUCCAAUUUUGUUUGCCGGACACAAUUGAUUGGCGCUUCAUUCCACCGCGCUCCCCUCACUUUAGUGGCCUUUGGGAGGCGGCAGUAAAAACUGCAAAUCACUUCUAUCGGGUUGUGGGGUUAACUGUUCUGGGAUUCGAAGAGCUUCGUACCCUUGUGUGCCACAUAACGGCAGUCAUUAAUUCUAGACCACUGCUACCCAUUUCAGAAGAUCCAGAAGACCUUGAUGUUCUUACCCCAGCUCAUUUUUUGGUUGGAGGCCCACAAUCCACGUUCACAGAACCCGAUGUGACACGGCUCAAUUUCAAUCGUCUGGAUAGCUGGCAGCGAGUAUCCUACAUGCACCAAGUCUUUUGGUCUCACUGCCGAGAAGAAUAUUUAAAUCUUCUUCAACAGCGUUCCAAAUGGCAGACUCCCAAGCCUGGUGUGGCUCUCAACGACAUCGUUUUUGUCAAAGACGAGAACUUACCUCCUUUGAAAUGGCCGCUAGCUAGAGUGGUUGAAUUGGUAAAAGGAACUGAUGACAUCACACGCGUUGCAGUUCUCAAGACUGCUAAUGGAAUCAUAUAG